AAAGUUCGAUGCGAUCCGAUGCGGAUACGGAAAGUAAUUGCGUUUGUUCAUUGUUGUUGUUGUCGUCGUUUGUUGUGUUUUUUUUUUUGUUGAUGGCCACUUUUAAUGAACACAGUGUGAAAACCCUAAAUUAACAUUAGCGAGAGUGUGAGAAUAAAUUUGUUCAUUAUGUGGAUGUUUAUCUGGUAUUUUAAAUUAAUUGAUUCGUGGUUAAUUGAAAGAAUGAUUUAUGUAUGCCACACGCAUAAUCACGCUAUUUUAUGCUCUCCUUUAUCUCUUUCUGUCGUGCGCUCUCAGUAGUUGAGAAUUUUGAAAAUGAAAAUUUUCUAUGACUGUUGCAUAAAAUUACUAUUCACACAAUGUGUGUAUGUUUGUCUCAAGUAUGUGAACGCUCACACGCGCGCACCCACACGCUCUCUCGCAUUGCAUUCGUUUCGGCAUUGACUCUUGAACUUCGAUUGCAAUUAUGUUCUUCUUUAGCUUGAUCAAAAUUGAUGCUAUCAAUUAUUAAAAAAUGAAAUCAACAAAUUGCAAAUAACGGGAAGAGCAAAUUGUUCCCUGCCCAUUCGGCCGGUCCGGUGUGCCAUAGUGGCAGAAUGGAUUUGUUUAAGUGUAAAUAAUUGAAUAUUAAUCAGCUGUUAGUAGAAUUAACGUUAAAUUGGCUUUAAAAAGAAAUCGAUUCGAUCGUACAGGCCAUAACCGUUCAUUAAAAACUCAACCAAAGUUGCAUUGAUUUUCGAUUAAGCCAUUGCACCCGAAUGCUUAGUCAGAUUAGGUUGUUUUUCUCUCUCUCUCUCUCUCUCUCUCUCUCUCUGCGUGUGUGUGUGUGUGUGUGUGUUGUCGACGUUUUUUGUUGGUUGUUUCGUGCGGCGUAGCGCAAACAAAUGCAAUGACUUCGAAACUCAAUGCACUACUCUGGUUGUAGCAGUUGUUUUUGCAGUUUGAUUCGUCGUUUGCGUUGAUAAUCGAUUGAUAACAUGUACGGAUUCGGUUUAAAAAUGGUUUUUCAAUUUGUUUUUUUUUUCCUUUGCUAAUUUACAUUUCGUUUGAGAAUGAAAUUAGCAUAAUUUACACGGUCGUGUCCAUAAUUUUUUGAGUAUGUGUUUUUCGUUGAUUGGAUACAUAAAGGGUUGGGCGGUGGCGCCCGCUUAGAGCAUAGAAUAAAUUGUUGUGUAAACGGGCACAUUAGCACAGUUUAAUCAGAUAUGUACAUUGUUAAAAUAUCAUCAGGUUUAAUAAGGCAAAGUUCAUUGUUUUUUUUUCUACUACUGUGUUGUUGCGUCGCAAGCGCGCGAGAGCUCAACAUUUCAACUUGUUUUUUUUUUUAUUGUAUUGUUGCCGAGCAAACGUCAAAUGGUACCAUUCACACAAACAUUGUGUGAGUAAUUCUGCUGAAUGGUAACCUGUUGGGGCAUCACAAGCGCAAAAAAACACUCAAUCACGACACAAUGCACCGUCAUUCUGUAAUCUCUUGAGCGGUAGCGACAAUGGCUGCACCAGCAGCAGCAAUAGCAAUAAAAAUAAUCAGUGGUGAAAAAAAAAACGCACGCCUAAUUUGAAUAUUAGCCUUGUGCAUUUGCUGCGCAUUGGCACCGGAACUCGUCAAGGAAAUGAUUUUUUAAAGCCAUCUGAGAUGCACAUUGUUUUGUGUUUACGGGAAAAAUGCCGUGUGCGCGGCUUUGAUGCAAACUUUGCUAGUAACAUUCCAAAAUGAAUGUCAUUUUUGUGUAUAUUUGCAGCGCACAAACAUCACGGAUUUGCAUAUGUUUGAUUUAAUUUUUGCAUUAUUUGCAAUGUUUCAUAUACAUGUGUGUGCACAUGUAUCCAUUUGUAUUGAAGAAACUAAAACGAAGGCAUAAAAAAUCGGCGAAGCGUGCGCACUUCACAAUUGGUUUGACUUGUUUAUUGACCUAUGCGAAAUUUUAUUGCAUGCACCAAAUAGCAAAAGCGUGCAAUUCAAAUUUGUGCCUUUUCUAAGUUUUUUCUUAGCUUGACAAUGAAAUACUAUGGCAAAAACUGCGUGAGCUUGCGCGCUUACACACACACACACACACACACAACAAAUAAAUUCGCAAAUGGAAACAAAAAGAGAUAACGCAAGAAAAAUGCGUUUGGUUUCUCUAUGACGCACACAGUUUUUACCUUUUUUUUCGGCGACGACUGACUGAGUGACUGAUUUAAUCAAUUAAGCACCUCGCGCGAAAGGAGGUGUACGUAAAAUGUAACGAGCGAUUUUAUUGAAAAUACAUUCAAUCGGUCGGCUACCUUGAGCUAUAAUCCUAAAAUAUUAAAUCCGUGAUCUUCGUAGCGUACACACUACCGACACCGCUGCAAUUUUUGGGCCAAACAAAUGCGACAAAAAAAAAAACAGGUGACGAAUGCUAGAAUCGUGCCAAACUGAGGGCUAUUGCUUUUUGAGCCAAUCGGUUGAAACCGAUGAAUAUUCCAUGACCGUCAGCUGAACUUAACUAUGUUGACCAAAUUUAAUCAUACAAUACAGUUUUGCGUGUGAGUGUCUCUCUCCGUAACGCAUCUUCAAUAAUAGAUACUGAUGCUGCUAACGCUAUUACUGAAUUUUAAAGUUUUACCAACACACAAAUCCACAACAACAUUCUCACUCUAUUCAUCUUGUAGCUCCGAAAGAGUAAUGUGUAAAAAUGGAUUACAUCAUUUAUAGUUUUGCAAAACCAAAAACCAAACGAAACCGAUUCCACAACACUUCAGCUCUCGCGCGCGCUCACACACAUCUCCACCAAAGCUAAAUAAAGUGUGAUAAAUGCAUGCAUAGUAAAAAAAAAAAGCACACAAUUUCAAAUUUACAAACGGAGCGAAAUACGCCACACUUUUCGUAAACAGUUUUUUUUUUCGUACUGUAUAUAGAGCCAGAGUGAGUUUUUUUUUUAUUUCGUUGCUUUCUUGUCUUCGUGUGUAGAUUUCUUUUGGAAUCGAAAACAUAUCAAAUGAAAAUAUAUUUCGUUGGCCGCUUUUUAGUUUGGAGUUGUUCGGUUUUAGCCACGGUAGUGGAUUCUCAAUCGUGAACAUUUCGUGAAAUCUAUAAUAUAACACAAGAAAUAGAUACGAAAUAAAAGUGCAAAAAAAAAGAACAGUUAAACACACAUUGAGAUUGUAGCGGUUAAACGGUGUUAAUUACACACACGCACACAGAAUGGAUCACAAUUUAACGAUUGAGCGACAAAUAAAUCUGCCGAUGGGCAAUAUUACCAGCGAACAACAACAGAAUGGCUUCAAUGGAAAUGGAUACGAAAAACAGUUGGCAUUUUCAAAUGGACUCAACAUGGCCAAUCGUGAUCCAAUCGACUUACAAUUCAAAGAUAUUACAUAUACUGUUAAUUUAGGUUUCAACAAAGGCUCUAAAGAAAUUUUGCACAAAGUAAAUGGUAAAUUUCCAUCUGGCCAAUUGACUGCGAUAAUGGGUCCGUCCGGUGCAGGAAAAUCAACGUUGUUGGAUGUGUUAUCAGGGUACAGAAGGACCGGUGUGCAGGGGUCCGUUUAUACAAAUGGUCGACUUCGAAAUUUGGACGCUUUUCGAAGAAUGUCCUGUUACAUUACACAAGAAGAUCGGAUACAAACAUUACUCACUGUUUUGGAGAACAUGCAAAUAGCUGCCGACUUCAAAUUGGGCAACACAUUCAAAUCCUAUGAGAAAGCUGCACGAAUUGAAGAGAUUCUAACGUUGCUCGGAUUGUACGAGCAUCAAAACACAAUUUCAAAACGACUGUCAGGCGGACAAAAGAAACGGCUCUCAAUUGCACUGGAACUAAUAAACAAUCCGACUGUGAUGUUCCUGGAUGAACCCACCACAGGAUUGGAUAGUCAUUCAUGUUACCAGGUUGUAAGUCUGUUGAAACAGUUGGCUGCUCAAGGUCGAACAAUUAUUUGCACAAUUCAUCAGCCGUCCGCCCGACUAUUUCAACAAUUCGAACAAGUGUACAUACUUGCGAUGGGCGAAUGUCUAUAUCAAGGAGGUACUGAAAAAAUCGUACCUUAUUUACAAUCCGUGAAUUUGCCGUGUCCAGUUUAUCACAAUCCAGCCGAUUACAUUGUUGAACUGGCCUGCGGUGAAUAUGGCAUUGACAAAAUCAAAACGAUGGUCGAGAGUAUGGACAAUGGUGAAUGCAUUGAUUGGUUUACAAACCCGGAAAAAGUUUGCAAAUUGGAAGCAUUGCGACAAAAAUAUCCAAUCAGGCAAUCAUCCAAAGAUAACGACCGAAUGGAAUCCGUCAAUUCAUUCCAUCAACUGCGAAUUUUGAUGCGACGCGGUUGGAUCAAAACAAAACGAGACGCAACUUUAACUCAUUUAAGAAUGGCCGUGAACAUUUCGGUGGCACUUAUGUUGGGUGUUUUGUACAUAGGCUCUGGAAAUGAGGGUUCGCGCGUUCUCGAUAAUUACAAAUUAUUAUUCGCUAUUUUAAUGCACUGUUCAAUGGCCACAAUGAUGCUCACAGUUCUAACAUUUCCAACGGAAAUGGGUAUAUUGCUGAAGGAGCAUUUCAAUCGAUGGUAUUCGCUGAAGUCAUACUACAUUUCGGUCACUUUGCUCGAUCUUCCAAUUUCGUUUAUCGGCACGUCAAUUUUUACUAUUUUAAUUUACACCAUUACGAGCCAGCCAUUCGAACUGUCCCGAUUCGCUAUGUUCCUUGCUAUAAGUAUUGUAGUCACGAUUGUCGGUCAAAGUAUCGGUCUGAUGGUUGGCGCAUGGUUCGAUGUAGUGAAUGGCACUUUUUUGGCGCCGACUAUCACCAUUCCAAUGAUGAUGUUCGCUGGAUUCGGUGUCACUUUGCGUGACUUGCCCAGUUACAUGAAAUGGGGUAGUAAUAUAUCUUUCAUGCGAUAUGGUCUCGAAGGAUUUGUUGGCGCUAUUUAUGGUGAAAAUCGACAAACAUUGGCAUGUGAUAAGGCUAUGUAUUGCCACUACAGAUAUCCAAAGCAGUUCCUCACCGAAAUUUCGAUGCGAGGCGAUCAAUUUUGGCCAUGUUUGAAUGCUUUGUUCAUUACGGUUGUGCUACUACGUUUAGGUGCCUAUUUCCUCCUCCGAUGGAAGGUGGUUGCAGUUCGAUAAGCUUUUUCUCAUAUUCACCUUCAACUAAUUAGUUCUUAAGAAAAUUUUAUGAAACGAGAAAAACAAAACAAAAAAUCUUUUUGCCAAAUCCAAAUUAUGCAUAAAAAAAUUUAUACAUUAGGCAAUUUUUCGAAUCGUUUGACGGACCAGCACACAACGAUGAUACGUUCCGAUCAAACUAGCAAUUUUUAUUUCUAGCAAAUUUUAUGCAACCAAACUAAUAAAAGAAAUUAUUUUACGAGCCAAA